AUAGUAUCAACGAUAAGAAAAUUUAGGUAGUAUACCUGCCUUUUGUCUAGUUCGAAAUGGACAAAAUUAAUGUAUUAUUAUUGACAAUUUCUAUAUUAUUGUUAUGGGUAAAUCAAGGAAAUAGUUUGGAGUGUUAUGCAUGUCAGAAUCAAGAUUCUAAUAAAGACAAAUGCAUCAAGACUUCUGUACAGUGCGAAGGACAUAUGGAUAUGUGUAUGACUGAAGUAAAAUGGGGACUUCCGCCAUAUUGGGUACCUUAUGGAGAAAGGCAACAUUAUGUAACAAAAUACUGCGCAACAUCAGAGCAUUGCCUCAAAGAAAGGAAACGUCACCUGCCUUACUGCAAGAGAGAUUGGUACGAUGAUUGGAAAUGUGUUGAAUGUUGUCACGGAGAUUUAUGUAAUUAUUACGUAACGUUGAAAGGAAAUCAAAAUCAAGCUGUAACAGUCACUCUUCUCCUUAGCUUAAUUUCAUCAUUUACAAUAACAAGAUUCUAUUUCUAAUAAAUAAAUUUGUUCUUUUUUUUAAAAAAAACAAAAACAAACACGAAAACUAAGAAAAAAAAAGCAAGAAAAACCUGAGAAGGAAAAUUUGUUUUAUACUUUUUAAUCAUAGUUGUUUUUAUAUUUGUCAAGAAGAAAACAAUCAAGUAGGAUUGAUUACUUUUUAUUUUGUCAAUGAGUAAUUUUAUGUAUUGUUUACAUUUUGUAUUUUUGAAUAUAACUUCAAGAUCUUAAUAAGGUUAUUUGAAUAUUA